AUGGUCAUUCGAGAGUCCUCCACCCGCUCGCUCCAUCUGCACCUCUUGCAUCUCUCGGUCCAGGCUCCAUGGGACUCAAAUGGCGGCGCUGGGAUCAGUGCGUGCGAGAAGGCCGAGCAGUGGCAGCCUGCGCUGGCGCUGCUGAGCGAGAUGGGGGAGGCGAAGCUGGAGCCCAACGUCAUCAGCUAUAGCGCUGGCAUCAGCGCGUGCGAGAAGGGCGAGCAGUGGCAGCGGGCGCUGACGCUGCUGAGCGAGAUGUGGAAGGGCGAGCAGUGGCAGCGGGCGCUGGCGCUGCUGAGCGAGAUGGCGAGCAGUGGCAGCGGGCGCUGGCGCUGCUGA